AUGAAUGCUGUUCAAUGUGCGACCGUUUACAGGAAACGUUCUUCUCAGUGCUACAUUAUCAUGCAUAGGUUCGCUUCUCUGAUCCAUGAUGGAUAUGAGUCAGUGCAAUACACGGACCACGGUGCACCGCAAUUCGCAGGGAAGCAAUAAUCCGACUUCGUUCCUUUCACUUGAUGACCAACGGACAGGGGGGUCGAACACUCACAACAACUGGAGUCUACAACUUGAACCCUCUGCCGCAUAGACGUCAAGUUA